AUGGGCGGGGCCGGGCGGGAAACGUUAGGGGAGCCGUGAGCGGGGCGCGGGGUCCGGGCGAGCAAGGGUCGCCCGGGCCGAGCUGUGGCCGAAUGAAGAUCCGGGCGUGUGGGCCGCUGCGCCCCAGUGCGGGGCUCAGGUCGGCCAGCAGGGCUGCCAGCGCUUCCGGAAAAACAGCCCCGGGCGCCGCCCAGCAUGCUCCGCUCUCGGCGCGGAGCUCGGCCGCCGGCCCUCGGAGACGUCGGGCGGUCCGGGGAGGCGCGGCCGCCGGCGGGAUGUGCUAGCACGUGACACCGGCCGGGGCGCGCUGCAGUCGGACGCCGGUCCCCUCACUGCCUGCGCAGGAUGAAUGACAUGAAUUUGAGCCCAGUGGGGAUGGAGCAGCUGUCUUCAUCCUCUGUGAGCAAUGCCCUGCCAGUCUCAGGAAGUCACCUGGGCUUGGCUGCCUCUCCCUCUCACAGUGCUAUCCCUGCCCCAGGUCUCCCAGUGGCAAUUCCAAACCUGGGUCCCUCCCUGAGCUCUCUGCCUUCUGCCUUGUCCCUGAUGCUCCCUAUGGGCAUUGGAGAUAGAGGGGUGAUGUGUGGGCUACCUGAAAGAAACUACACCCUACCUCCACCACCGUACCCUCACCUAGAGAGCAGUUACUUCAGGACCAUUCUACCUGGCAUUCUGUCUUAUUUAGCUGACAGACCGCCUCCUCAGUACAUCCACCCCAGCUCCAUGAACGCCGACGGGAACACAGCACUGUCUGUCCCCAACAGCUCUUCAGCACUGGAUCCUUAUCAGGCCAGUGGAAACGCUGGAUUGGAAUUAGGCGUUGUUUCAAUAGACUCUCGCUCUGUGAACACACAUGGUGCCCAAAGUCUUCAUCCUAACGAUGGCCACGAAGUGACAUUGGACACAGCAAUCACUAUGGAGAAUGUUUCUAGGGUUACCAGCCCAAUCUCUACAGAUGGGAUGGCAGAGGAGCUUACAAUGGAUGGUGUUGCAGGAGAACAUACGCAAAUCCCAAAUGGCUCCAGAAGUCAUGAAACUCUCUCUGUGGACUCUGUGAGCAACAGCCUUACAGCAGACACUGUAGGACAUGGUGUGAUCCCCAUUCAUGGGAAUGGUCUGGAGCUUCCUGUGGUCAUGGAGACAGACCACAUUGCAAAUCGGGUCAAUGGGAUGUCUGACAGUGCUCUCAGUGACUCCAUCCACACCGUGGCCAUGAGCACCAACUCUGUAAGCGUGGCACUCUCUACCUCACACAACCUCGCCUCCCUAGAAUCUGUGUCCCUCCAUGAAGUUGGCCUAAGCCUAGAGCCUGUGGCUGUGUCUUCCAUCACACAGGAGGUUGCCAUGGGGACAGGUCAUGUUGAUGUCUCCUCAGACAGCUUGGCUUUUGUACCACCUUCACUGCAGAUGGAAGACUCCAAUUCAAACAAGGAAAACAUGGCAGCCUUGUUUACAAUUUGGUGCACUCUCUGUGACCGAGCCUACCCGUCAGACUGCCCUGAUCACGGACCAGUGACUUUUGUUCCUGAUACACCAAUAGAGAGCAGAGCAAGGCUGUCCCUCCCCAAGCAACUUGUUCUCCGCCCGUCCAUUGUAGGGACAGAAAUUGUUGGUGUCCUUCCUUUGAUAGGUGUAUGGACUGCAGAAACCAUUCCUGUGCGGACUUGCUUCGGACCGCUAAUUGGUCAGCAGAGCCACUCCAUGGAAGUAGCAGAGUGGACAGACAAGGCAGUUCAUCAAGUCUGGAAGAUAUACCAUAACGGUGUCCUAGAACUCUGCAUCAUCACAGCUGAUGAAAAUGAGUGUAAUUGGAUGAUGUUUGUGCGCAAGGCCAGGAACCGUGAAGAACAGAAUUUGGUGGCUUAUCCCCAUGAUGGAAAAAUCUAUUUCUGUACCUCCCAAGACAUCCCUCCUGAAAAUGAGCUGCUUUUCUAUUAUAGCCGGGAUUAUGCCCAACAAAUGGGUGUUCCUGAGCACCCGGAUGUGCACCUCUGUAGUUGUGGGAAAGAGUGCCAUUCCUACUCGGAGUUCAAAGCUCAUCUCAGCAGCCACAUCCACAGCCAUCUGGCUGGCCAGGGCCCCGGCAGCAGCCCUGGGCCAGGCCCCAGCAAGGAGAGGAAGUGGAAGUGCUCCAUGUGCCCCCAGGCCUUUGUGUCCCCUUCCAAGCUACACGUGCACUUCAUGGGCCACAUGGGCAUGAAGCCCCACAAGUGUGACUUCUGCAGCAAGGCUUUCAGCGACCCAAGCAACCUGCGGACACACCUCAAAAUACAUACAGGUCAGAAGAAUUAUAGGUGUACUUUGUGUGACAAGUCUUUCACCCAGAAGGCUCAUCUGGAGUCGCACAUGGUCAUCCAUACGGGCGAGAAGAACCUCAAGUGUGAUUACUGUGACAAGCUGUUCAUGCGGAGGCAGGACCUCAAGCAGCACGUGCUCACCCACACACAAGAACGCCAGAUCAAGUGUCCGAAGUGUGAUAAACUGUUCUUGAGAACAAACCACUUGAAGAAGCAUCUUAAUUCCCAUGAAGGAAAGCGAGAUUAUGUCUGUGAAAAAUGUACAAAGGCUUAUCUAACCAAGUACCAUCUCACUCGCCACCUGAAGACCUGCAAAGGGCCCACCUCCAGUUCCUCAGCACAGGAGGACGACGACGACGACUCUGAAGAUGAUGAUCUCACAGACUCCAUGAGGACGGAGGACUGCAGGAUGAAUAGUGCUAUUUACUCAGCAGAUGAGUCUCUCUCCACACACAAAUAAAAGGAAAACUGCUUUGGACGGGCCAUGCAUUGGGAAAACACAAAACCAGCUCACUGGAGGUUUAAUGUGGACUGCUUCCUGAUCUCUCCAGCCUACUGUCAAAAGUGGGCUGAGCAGGAUAGCUACAGCACUUACGGAAGAAUAUCCAAAUGGAUUCUUUAAGAUGGACUGGAGACGAGGCAUGUGUCUGUCUUAUUUUUAAGUAAUGGUUGGCAAGGAAAGGGCCAGCUUUUGAUGCCAGUUUACUCAGCAGAUGAGUCUCUCUCCACACACAAAUAAAAGGAAAACUGCUUUGGACGGGCCAUGCAUUGGGAAAACACAAAACCAGCUCACUGGAGGUUUAAUGUGGACUGCUUCCUGAUCUCUCCAGCCUACUGUCAAAAGUGGGCUGAGCAGGAUAGCUACAGCACUUACGGAAGAAUAUCCAAAUGGAUUCUUUAAGAUGGACUGGAGACGAGGCAUGUGUCUGUCUUAUUUUUAAGUAAUGGUUGGCAAGGAAAGGGCCAGCUUUUGAUGCCAGUUUUUACUUAGAUAGUAAUUUGGGAGAUGUGUUUAUGCCUGCCUGAGUCAGCGUGGCCUUUUCUUCAUACAAAUCAGGUUUAUCUCACAUUGUUCCAUUUUUUUUUUUCCCUCCAGCCAACAUGACUUGACCCCAGCCAUCCCCACUGUUGACCACAUAUUAUGUAUGCACUGUUGUAAGGUAUGCGUUUCACAGAGAGAAUUGUAGCACAGCAGUGCAGGUAUUCAGUGACUGUGAUUCAUUGUAAAAAACAAAGAAAGAAAUAAUACCUUCAGGGCCCUUGAGAGUUAAGAUUCUGUUUCCCAUCAGCAGGUGUUGGGGGCCCGUAAAGCUGUCAUAGGUCAGAGCAUAGUGAUUGGUAGAGGACAAGGCCCUGAAAAGCACCUUCAGUGGAAGCCAAGGUUAGCCACCUGGUUAUGUAUACAUGCACGUCUUUGCGGUCUAGCCAUGUCUGUCUUUGGGAAAGCCUUUCCAUCAUUCAGAGAGUACCUGAAACUAUCAGUGCCCAAAUAGUGCCUGCUGGCUAGUCUCCUGUCAGCAAGUGCACAUGGACUCCCCUGACAAGACUGGUACUUCAGCCUGUAGGAGGGAGGAAGGCAGUGAGCUUUUAAGUAGGUUUACUUUAUGAAAACCAUUAAAAUGUUGCUCUCUGAAAGCAGCGUGUAGAUCCAAAUGCAUUGGUGGGUUUCAGUUAUGCUUUCCAUUGUCUUCCUUGCUAAAGGUCCUCCUCACCAGCUGACUGUAGAGGACAGCAGAGGGUUUGGAAGACAGAGAAGGCUAUCCGUCACCAUUUGGGUCUGUUUUCAGGGCCCUGUGAGCAGGCAUAGCCAGCUUUUGGCAAGAAGCAGAAGCAUCCUGAAGUUGACAGGAUUGAUGGACAUGUCUUCCUGCUCAAGGGUACAACCUUCCUUGGCUCGAGUAGAGGAAGGCCUCUGCGGGAAAGGUUUUGCUGCUGAUGUAUUUAUAGGAUGAAUGUCUGUCAUUCAAAUCUGUAUUCCUUUAGGAAGAAUUAAAUUUUUUUAAUGAAAA